AUGGUCCUCGUUCUCGUCAUUGGCGACCUGCACAUCCCCCACAGAGUCCACGACCUCCCCACAAAGUUCAAGAAGCUCCUCGUCCCGGGCAAAAUCCAGCAGAUCCUCUGCACCGGCAAUGUCUGCGACCGCGAGACCUACGAGUACCUCCGCACCGUCUCCCCCGACGUCAACGUCGCCCGAGGCGACUACGACGAGACGUCCUUCCCGCUGUCCAUCACCGUGACGCACGCGCCCAUCAAGAUCGGGGUCAUCCACGGGCACCAGUGCAUCCCAACAGGCGACCUCGACUCGCUCAGCGCCAUCGCGCGCCAGCUCGACGUCGACGUGCUCGUUUCGGGCCAUACACACACCUUCCAAGCAGUCGAGUACGACGGCCGCUUUUUUGUGAACCCUGGCUCGGCAAGCGGUGCAUGGGUGGGCACCGUUAGCGGUGACCCCACCCCUUCCUUCGCGCUAAUGGACAUCCAGGGCCCCGUUGUGGUCACGUAUGUAUACCAGCUGAUCGAGGGCGAGGUGCGCGUCGAGAAGAUCGAGUACCGCAAAGACCUCGAGGCCAUUAAGGACGUGCCGCGCAGUACAGUGAUGCCGCAGAACAUCCCCACCAGUCCGGCGGCAUCGCAAGCGCAGGGCGUUUGGUAA